GAGAAACUUGGUACCUGCUAGGUGAGCGUGAGAGCCACUCGCUCCCACUCUCCACAACUUCCACAUCACCUCUCGUCGUCACUAGUACUCCUCUUCCCUCCCUGGCCGGGUCCCCAUGCCACCAACGACACCGCCGGCGCCAGCAGCAUUGGCACCAGCAUCAGCACCAGCACCGCACCGGCACCGGCACCAGCACCAGCACCAGCAUCAGCAUCAGUGUCAGCGUCAGUGGAGCGCCAGCAGCGGUACCCGGCACCGGCAACGGCAGCGCCUGGCGUGACCGCGCUGGGCUGCCCUCCGUUGCGACGCCAUCAUCAGCCCCUCCCGAUGUACUCGUACAGUCAAGGCACUCGUCCUUGUACUCCCCCGCGGCGGUUACUGCGCUCGCACCCUCUCGUCCCGUCGCCUCUGGUCUCGCCGGCGCUGCUCUGCUCCCCGCUCUCCGCCCUCUGCCCUCUCUGCCCUGCCUCGACUCGAGUCUGUCUGCUCUGAGGUGUCUGCUCUGCCCUUCCCUGCCCUGCCGGCUGCCUCUCUCCACUUCCCGCCGCUUGACAAGCACGACGCACGGGGCUGCCUCUCCUCCACACCUGCUGCGACCCCAUUCCUCAUGCGUCCUGUCCCCAGGCCCUCCUCGCUGCACCCCGUUGUCGCCCUGGGCGGCGGGGGGUCGAGCGAGAGACGUCGAGGGUCCCAGACUCCCGGCCAGACAGAACAGGCGUGGCCUGCCCUGCCCUGUCCUGCCCUUCCCUGCCCUGCCUUGUCUGUACCGGCGGCGGCGGGUGGUGGCAACGAGCCCCGGAUCACCGGUCUCGUCAGGCUCGGUAGAUGACCACGCCCAGCUCUCAGGGCCACGCCGUGGCGACCGCCAUAAAGCCAGCCCUGUCCCGCCAUUGUUGAAUGGCCCUACUCCGUAUGUUGUAUGUCGUGGAUGUUUUCUAUCUUCACCAUCUUUCCUCUGGCACAGCACCUUCCGCCUGAUGCCUGGCAUUUACACCUGCGAGUGUCAUUCGCUUUUAGAGUUUGCAAGAUCCUAACUAUCCGCGGGACGUCCCGUCGCCUGCUCCCUCGCCACCUUCAGUGCCUCGGCCUUGGUCUUCACCGAAGCUCUUGACAGACACUGCAUAGCGCAACGCACAAGUCGACGCUGGCGUGUUCCUCGGAUUUUCAGCCGUCGGCCGCUUCUUAAGCCUCGCGACUCGGCUGACGAGUUUCCGACGGCAACCCGCUUCUCAUCAUAUACAACUACUUCGUAAUCUUUAUAUGAAGCCUCAGGCCCUCGCGGACGCCCCUUGACGACGGCACCAAUCACCACGGAUUUUGGACAACAACUGACCUGGUGGACCCCUCUCUCCCUCUCUCCCUCUCUCUGCGGCGGCACCAUGUCUUCCGCAUCGAGCCCAACCUCCGCCAUGACGCCCGACUCAGAAACAAGCAACUACAUGCCUGUCUCGCCAUGUUUUGACAGUCAAGAGCAUCGAGCAAUGGUUCGCCACCUGUUAUCCAAAUACAGCAGGCAUGAGAUUGAUCAGCUACUCGAGGAGGUAGCUGGCGAAGCACAAUGCGAGCUGGCGACGCCCAUGUUGCCGUAUGCCGCCUCUUUCGGCUCCCUCGUGGCCGACAAUGUCUCGGGUGUGGCGCACUCGUCGUCAACACACGUGGACAAGUAUCAGAGCCUUGCUCGCCAUAGAUUGCAGAGGUCCGCUUCUGGCGCAUCCGCUUCACUUCCAUCCCAAUCCUCAAUUUCACCUAGGAGCUCGGUGUCGUCCGCUCCAGGGCACAGAGCAGGUGGCCGCCCGUCUUCCUACAGGUCCGAUUAUGCCUGUGGCUUCUGCGCCGAGGUUGGCAUCACCAAGACUUGCACGCGGAGAAAUGACCUUCGGCGCCACAUUGACCAAUUCCACAACACAAAUUCGCAGUGGCUAUGUCAACAUCGCGGCUGCCGGAUGGCUUUUGACUGGCAGACUGCGUACCAAAUCCACCUCCGCAGCGAGCACGGGGGCUCCCAGAUGAGGAUGGAGGAGGCCAAGGUCGUCUUGUGUCCACAAACCGUCUUUGCCUGCGGCUACGAAGGUUGCCUCCAAGUCUUUGAGGCAACAGAUGACAACAGCGCCGCGGCGACUUGGAAAGUGUACACGGCCCAUCUCAUUCGGCACUGUGAGGAGGGGCGCGGCAUGGGCCUCUGGUCGUACUCUCAACGCAUGCGCAACUUGCUCAGGCAGUCGCGCCUUGAAGCGCCGUGGUCGAGAACAUGGCCGGAAGACGACCCCGGCCGCCUUCGCUGGGACCCAGCGUCGACGCGCACCCUGCGCAAGCUUCUCGAGACCAGGCACCUGGACAACAUCCCGAAGCUCAUCAACUGCAUUCUACUGCUCGGGUCGGCUCAACAAGGCACCGAGCAACCGGAUGUCGACCUGGACCUCCAUCUCCCCGUGAGAAAGGUUUGUCCCGCCGCAGCCGUCCGGCAUGAGAUGCGCACAAGUUCCUCGCCGGCACAAACAGCACCGGAAGAGGAUGCGAGCUGCCCCAUGGACCCCAACGUGGGCCCGCACCAUGAUACGAACGGUUCUGAGCUGCCGCUAUCGAGCGUGCCCUUCCACACACCCGCCUUCUCGGGCUAUAGCGCGCACGAGUCGGUUGCGACGCCCAUGACACCUCCCCCGGCCAUUUUCGGUCUUGCCGGGUCGGCGGUAUACCAGACGUCCAACCAACAUGUUCAUCAACAAUACACGUCAUUCAGGCCCACGGGCCGGUCGGUCAGGUCAACAACAAUGGGCGCCGUUGCGCCGAUGCAGCCGGUUACGGGUGGGACGAUGCUCGGGGAAGACUUUGCCAUGAACGACAGUGCAGCCGUGCCUCGGGGGCAGGACUACAGCUGGACACAAGCGUACCGGGCCGGUGGCCUCCAGAGCCCGACAUUGACGGAUGUGUGCAACGAAAUGGGCAGCCCGCUGGUACCUGUGGAACAAGGCUUGAUGGGGAGCUAUUGCUCACCACGGACUAUGUGACGCAAUCAGGAGUCUUCACUCCUCGCGAAGGCAUCCGCUACCGCGAAUUGAGAUGGGAACUAUCAGCCACGCAUCGUGGCAGGCGGAGUGGCGGCGACUA